AUGGUUAUGAUUUGCUUAAUUAACCGCUCAACAUGCAACUUAAUGAGUAACAAACCAGAUGAAGCAUUCAGUGAUGCCAAUGAAGCAAUGAAAACAUACAAUUUACUUCGUGAUCCCAUUGAUACAAACAAAAUUAAUGCAGAUAAGCUUAAAGAUGACAAAUUAACAAUUCCUCUUGCAAUUUCAUAUGUCCGUCGUGGCCAAGUCUACGAAGCCAGAGCUGAAUUCCACAAAGCUAUCCUUGAUUACAACAUUAGUGAUAAAAUCAAUCCAAAUGCUGAUGGCUACCAAGCCCUUACACGCAUAUUCAAGAAACUCAACAUAGUAGAUAUCAACCAGCAGGAUCCAGACCUCAAACUCUUCACAGCUGUUUACCAAACGAUGACUGAUCAAGAAAAGGUUGUUGAAGCACUUUCAGAGUUGCUCCAGACACUUUUAGAUCAUCCACCAGCUGAAUCCCACUUCAGCAAGUUCAGUGCUCAAGGCUGUGCAAGAUUAAUUUUCGGUAUCAUGCAAAUUUACAUGAACAUAGACAUCGUCGUUGUUCUUUGCAUAUCCAUCAACAGAUUACUUGCCGAGAAUGGCGUUAAAGAUGCUUUCAAUGGCUUCCCAGUAAUCAGAACCGCAAUGGAUGUCUGGAAAGACAACGAAGCUAUCGUAGGUGACUGCUUACGCUUCCUUGAACUCAUUCCAACCCAAUUCAACGAGAAAAUGAUCGAAGGCCAAAUUGUCCCAACAAUUAUCAACGCGAUCAACGUUGAAUUGCAGCCAGAGGAGUAUGAUAUCGCAUUCAUUAUCAUUUACAGACUCUCUUCUACCAAGGAGCAGCUUAAGGAGAUCGGAACAUCGAAUAUCAUCGAAAUUAUCAACAAGACUAAGACACUUGGAGGUCUUAUUCUCCUUUCCAAGUUGUUCCAGGUACCAGAUCUCGUUCGUCUCGCUCAAGAAGAAGGCGCAAUGGAGUGGGUUGUUGAAAAAUUGAAUGAAAACAAGACAAAUGCUUCAAUUAUUUCUGCAGCAUCAAUUGUCCUUGCACAGACAUUCCUUCAUGGCAGAGACACGUCAAACCAACGCGUCCAGGUCGUUCAAAGUGAAGAAGAAGAAAACGCCCGUAAACUUAAGUUUACAAAAACCGCUUCUCAAACGAUCAGUAUUCUUGGUCCGAUUUCUAAGAAGAAUAACAAAGAUGCAACAAUUGUAUCCAACUGUUUCGCUGCAAUUGCAAGUUGCGUCGAAUUAUCUACAAAAGAUGUUCGUAAUGAGCGCCUUAUCCAAGCAGCCUCUGCAAUGUUGGAACUCCACAUGGCUAAUGAAUCAUGCGUUAUGAACUUGGUCUCUUUUUUCUUCGCAUGCACACAAUGCGACCUCAAAGCUGACGUAAAGGCCAAUCCAUCUGUUUUCCCAACAGUUAUGAAGGCACUACAGAAGCAUCCUUCAAACCAGUUGCUCGCAGAAAGAGCUGUUGCAAUUGCUGCUGAAUGCGAACAUAAAAUUGCAGAAGAUUUGGUUGCUUUGGGUCUCAGACAGUUCCCAGAGUCAGCUAUCCUUAGAAAAUAUGUUGGUAUCAUUAACAUGGAAAGAUUCAAACAAUAA